AUGAGAAUUGCAGAGAUAUCCUCGCCGGAGCUCCGGCCACUCCACCGAGACUCGGAGGCUAACAACCGUAGUCUCUACCAUAUCGAAGCAAUCGUUAAACAACUCGAAACCCGAUCUACUGACAAGCCACCGCCGGAAACCGCUACUUCCGAUCUCCGUAAAUAUCUGUCUCAACUGAUUCAACUUGCUCCAUUUCCAAAUUCGUUGAAGCUUCAGAUCUGGAAGCUCAGCUACCGCCUCUGGAACGCAUGCGUCGACAUAUCCAACACCACCGCCAUCCAUUCCUCCUCCUCCGCCACCACCGAAAGCCACGCCGAACUCCGAAACAUUGCCGCCGACCUCAUCUAUAGUGCUGGAGACGUCGCCGGUGUUCCAUCUCCGGCAAUAAAAUCGGCGUCGUUCUACCUCAAGACCGGUAUGAUAUGGCACAACCACCGGAAAUUCGAUCUCGCCGCGAAGUGUUUCGAGCGAGCCACGGAUCUGGUCUCGAAGGUCGAUAUCAAUUCAAUUGUCGACGCUGGAGAGAGAAAACUGUUGCUGGAUCUUAACCUGGCUCGGUCCCGAACCGCGUGGGAGGUUCGGGACCAGAGCCUGGCAGUGGCGCUGCUGAACCGGAGCAAGAGCUUCAUCUUCGGUUCGUGCGAGCACUACGCGGAUCUCGCAAAGCAGUUCAUGGCGUUCGGGAAACGCGCGUUGUCGAACACAGGCGAGGACGCGAAUCGCGAGGCGCUGAAGCUGAUGAACGAGGCGUUGGAGAGUUGCGAGAAGGGAUUCUGUGCGGCGCGAACACGGGAAGAGAAGAUGGAGUUCCGAGGGUUGAGGUGGAAGGCGCUUAGGUUCAUCGCUGCGAUUCAUUUGCAGAAAGAGGAAUUUGAGAGUGUGAUUAAGUGUGUGAAGGUUUUGAGAGACUCUGCUGAUGGCGGUGACGAGCAUCCGAGUCUUUCGGUGUUGGCUAUGAAGGCGUGGUUAGGGUUGGGGAGGCAUGGAGAAGCGGAGAGGGAGUUGAGGGGUAUGGUGAUUGAUAAGGGGAUUCCUGAGGGAGUUUGGGUAUCGGCGGUGGAGGCGUAUUUUGCGGCGGCGGGGACGGCGGGGGCGGAGACGGCGAAGGGGGUGUUCUUGGGGCUGUUGGGAAGGUGUCAUGUUAGUGCUGGGGCGGCGGUCAGGGUGGCGCAUAGGGUGGUGGGUGGGGGCGGGGAAGGGGGGAGAGUGAGGGCUAAGGUUGUUGCAGAGCUUGUGUCUGAUGAGAGGGUGGUGGCCCUCUUUGCAGGACAGGAUGCUGCUAAGGAUAGGGUGGCAAUGCAUGCUGUUCUAUGGAAUUGGUAUAGCUUCCUGAAUCUCUCAUUCCCAAUCUGCUCUGAAUUCUAG